GUCCUUCAGCAACCCUUCUGACUAUAGUGGAUGCUGAAGAAAAUGCAUUUGUGAGCACACACAUAAAGGAAAAUGAUCUCAUCACCAAGAAUGUAUGGCUUGGCCUAGCUCAGAGCUCUAAGGAUCAGUCCCUGAACUGGCUUGACGGCUCAUCAGUUAAUUAUGCCAACUGGGAAAAUAAAACUGCAGAAGUUAAUGAAAAAUGCAGCGUUAUCCUGUCCACAACUGGCACGUGGUCCAAAGUUGACUGCAGUCGUAGUCAGAGCAGAGUGGUUUGUAAAGCUCCUUUAGGUUCUAAUCAUACCGGGGUGGCUGUAGCAUUUGCCCUGCUAAUUAUCUUAGUCUUCAUUGUCGGAUUGGCGUGGUAUCUCUAUAAAAAGAAGCGUCUUCACUGGAGUGCCUUCUCUUCAGUACGCUAUCAAAGAGGGAUGAAUGAUGAUGAAACUGAUGAUGUGUUCACAAAAGAUAGCGAUUGA